AUGGCCUCUGGCCUCUGUAAACAGUUCUCAGUAGACAGUUCAGAGCAGUCGUAUACAAUCGACUUCGCAUCAUCCCUGUCCCCGGGCAGAUCCAUAGGAAUAGAAGUCUGUAUUGUGUCGAAUGGAUCACUCGACACUCCUGGUAAAAAUAGGAUGACACAUUCAUUGUUUUAUGUGCUGCUGUUAACCGCUGGGGCAUAUUGCCAGUGGGACCAUCAUAUGAAAGAUGGCCGUCAGUCCAUCGUCCAUUUAUUUGAGUGGAAAUGGUCCGAUGUAGCUUCAGAAUGCGAAAAGUUCUUAGCACCAUAUUGGUUAGGUGGUGUACAGGUAUCCCCUGCCAAUGAACAUCGUGUUGUAACAGAAGAGCAAUGGCGACCAUGGUGGGAACGCUACCAGCCUGUGAGUUAUUCAAUGGUUAGUAGAAGUGGUGAUCGAGCUGAAUUCAUUGAUAUGGUAAAUCGAUGCAACGCUGUAAACAUCAAUAUUUAUGUAGAUGUUGUAUUCAAUCACAUGUGCGAAGAUGGCAAUUCUGAAGGGGAUUUCAAUGAUGAUAUUUGCGACAGCGAUAUUCAACAAUAUAAUAAUGAAUGGGAAGUGCGCAACUGUCGAUUAUCGGGUCUGGUUGAUCUGAAACUCAGUAAAACGUAUGUGCGUGAUAAGAUCGUGGAAUUCCUAAAUGAUCUGAUUUCUCUUGGAGUCGCUGGUUUCCAUGUAGAUGCAUGUAAACACAUGUAUCCAGAGGAUUUAGAAGUCAUUUAUGGGCAAUUGAACGACCUCGUCACACCAACAUUCCCUUCUGGCAGUCGUCCGUUUAUUGUUCAAGAGGUGAUAGAUUACGGCGGUGAAGCAAUUUCAGCAACAGAAUACGCUCACCUAGGUCGUGUGACUGAAUUCAAAUAUGGUCGAGAGCUGUCAAAUUGUUUUCGCGGUAAUAAUGAUCUAAAAUAUUUAUACAACUGGGGAGAAGCCUUGGGACUUUUACCAAGAGGCAAUGCACUUUCUUUCAUCGAUAACCAUGACACACAACGCAACCAUGGAGGAGGAGGUAAUCCACUAACAUAUAAGGAACCCCGUGAAUACAAGAUGGCAGUUUCAUUCAUGUUAGCUCAUGAUUAUGGUGUACCCAGAAUAAUGAGUAGUUACUAUUUUACUGAAGGUGAAGCUGGACCGCCUUCACAUCCAGAUGGAUCCACAAAAGAUGUGACAUGUUUUGAUGAAUGGGUAUGUGAACACCGAUGGAGACAGAUCACUGCUUCUUCAUGGUUCCGCAAAGUUACCAAUGGUACUGGUGUUGACAAUUGGUGGGACAAUAAUAGUAACCAGAUCGCCUUUUCUCGUGGUAGCCUGGGAUGGUAUGCUGUGAACAACGAUGCAUAUGCCAUGAACGCAACUAUUUACACUGGAUUACCCGCUGGUACAUAUUGCAACCUGUAUGUCUCAUCUUACGAUAAAGACACCAAAGCCUGCGUCAAAAUGGAAGAUGUUGGUACACCGUCUACUGUUACUGUGAAAAGUAAUGGCGAUGCCUCGGUUUAUAUAAGCAAUAAUAGCAAUCCUGUCAUUGUAAUACACGUUGAUGCCACUGUAUAAUGAUCUGUAACAUUAUGUGUUAAUUGAGAGAAAAUAUCUCGUAAUCAUUUAUGGACAUAAAUAGAUUAUGUACAAAAUAUAUAGUAUCAUGAUGGUAAUAAAUAAAGUCCAAA